AUGGUGAUGAUCAUGAUCGUGUCCAUGAUCUCCGUGAUCUCCGUGUCCAUGACCAUGUCCUUUGCCAUGUUUAUGACCAUGUUUAUGACCAUGUCCAUGUCCAUGUCCAUGAUCAUGAUCAUGGUCAUGUUCAUUAUGAUGUUCGGUGGCAAUAUCAAGAGGAAUGAUAAUAUCCAAUUCUAUUUGGGAAUCAUGUUGUUGUUGUGA